CACAGGGGUCAUUCAGGGAAAAAGGAGGUGAGGAGAGGUCCUGUAUAAAGGUAGCAGUCGUGGUAGAGGACAGGCUGCAGCAGCAGGAAGGCCAACUGACACUCCUGGUUUCCUCACCUUCUUCUCAGAAUGCAAACUUUGGCAGCUUUGUGCGCUCUUUUGUCACUCCUCUUUUCUGCUCAAGCAGAUGUUGUGGAGCGUUUUGAGGUUUGUUUUUUCUCCAGUUCCAUCCAGAUCUCAAACAUUCAAAAGUGUGUUUGGUUGAAAGUUUUCAGGAAACAGCUGUUAUGUUGUUCUUUCCUCAGGAUGUGCCAGAAUGCAUGACUUACUUUUAUAAGGGAAAGGUGCCAGAAUGGGGAGCGUCCACCCCAAGCGCUGCCCGUCUGUGUCAGCGCUUCGUCAACAAGUAGUUAUAAUGAUUAAUGUCAACGCUGAGCACAUGAAGCAACUCUGCGCUAAAUUAUUUUAUUGUUCUUUGUAUCUCCAUGCUCAUAUGCUGCAUGCUGGUUUCUCUCCUGAUGACAUUCAGCUUUGUAAUCAUGAUCUUUGCACUUUUAGGUUUCAUUUUGCCACACUGUAUGACACCAACCAUCGCAUUGCUGUCUACUCCGCAUAUCAGUUUGAGCCCAGCAAUGGAGGGGGCCGGGAGAAUAGGUGGUUCGUGGAGCCUCAGUUGGUGAAUGAUGGCUGGCAAGCUGAGAUGAAGGAUGGAUACUGGCUGGGUCAGGACUACCCUGGCAUCUACCUCGGAGAGAAACAAGCUCUGAACGAGGACUACACAAACUCUGGCUUUGACCGUGGUCACCUCAACCCUAACGGACACCAUCCAGUGCCCAGUCGUAAUGCCACGUUCACCCUGACCAACGUGGUUCCCCAGAACCCCAAAAUGAAUCAAGAUGCCUGGAGGAUCCAUGAGUCUGACCUCACCACUCUUUUCCUUCAAAAGUGCUCAAAGGCCUACGUCCUGGUUGGUGCCGUCCCCUCAGCAGACAACUGGAUUGUCAAAAACAACGUGAAGCGCGUCAACAUCCCAGACUAUGUGUGGAAUGCCUACUGCUGCGUGGACAACAAUGACCAGCCUAUUCAGAGUGGCGCUGGUACAGCAAGAAACACAGAAGAGAACUAUGUUGUAAAACGUUCUCUGGAUGAACUGGGUGCCUUCCUGCAGCAGUUCUCCAAUGAACCAGUGGGGGAGCUAUUUUACAACAACUGCAGAGCAUAAAUAAUUGGGAGCUGAAAAUCUUAAAGUGGUUCCCUAAUGUUUUAGAUUCCAAAGUAUAUAUUUGAACAACCAACCUGAAAAUCAAACGUAUGCUGCAGUGUGAUCCUGUUAAAAAUUUUAAUGAGGCUCAUCCCUUUCUAGAGGCAUUAUAGGUGAGAGGCAUCAAGCUAGCCAGCUUUCAAAAUCACAUUAAAUUUCAAUUCCAGAUUAGAUUGGAUUACAUACAAAACUGGUUAACAUGUCUUGAGUAACAGUGACCCAACAAAGAGCAAAAGUUAUUAAACACAUUCAAUGGACACUAAGAUUUAAUCCCAGUUUAUUGGUAAGUUUCUUUGUUUUUUUACAAUUGAAUUAAAAAUUAAGUAUUAGUGUUUUUUCUUUCACACUGUUGUUAAAUUUGGUAUCAAUUGUUGAUUUUAUUAUAACAUACACAACAGAUAAGACUUAAAGUAUUUAGAAUGCAAAUCAGAAAUAUUUGGCAUAUUUUGGCAUCAUAUCAACCAUUAGAUGGCAAUAAGGUGUCUCCAACAUGAUCCUUUGUACAUGUGGAAUUUGCAUCAAGAGCUUCUGAUGGACCCUAUGAGGUUAAUUCAUAGCAAUGUUCGAAAAGGGGUUAAAGCUAAUGAAACAACUAUUUCAUUAGCUUUAAUCAACUAUUUAAUCAAAAUGAAUAAAAGCAUGUUUCACUGGACUUUUACAACUGAUUAUUUGUGUACAUCUUGUAACUUGCACAAUCAGACUAAGUGAAAACUUCCAAUCCAAGAUCAGGAGAGAGAAACUUCCCUUUUCCUCCAGUUGGGAAAUGUAGAUCUAGUGUAAUUCCAACAGCCAAGGAUGCUGAUCAACUGCAGCAGCUGUAACCACCUGAGCUGGAAGAACUGCAGGUGCAACAAACGAUUUGUUUCCCCAACAUACAGUACACAAAUCAAACUUUGAAUCCUCUGAAGACACUUUACCUUUCAUGCCCAUACCCUGUAAGUAAAAUAAAUAAAUAAAAAAUUC